AUGACAAUGCACUACAAACAGCAUAAAACUAACACAGGGCAGGAAAGCCCUGAUAAGCCACGGAGCCCCAAAGUGAAGGUCAAAGACGUUCUAUUACACGAUAAGCGAUUACGUGAAAUAGACAGUGACGGUAUACUUCAAGAUGAGUUACUUUUUAUUCAGAUUGUUUCUGACACUCGAGAAGAUGUUACGGAUUGUAUCUUUAGUGGAAGAAGAGAAACAGCUGAUAAGGAUAGUAACGAAGAAGACAGAGAAGACGGGUACAGAGAGAAUGAUAAAAAUAAUGACAAUAACAACGAUAGCGACGAUAGCGACGACGACGAAAAUAAAAUUUCAAUAACAUCAACAGCGACAACACAAAUAAGAGCAAGAGCAGUCGAGUCACUGAAAAAUAACGUCUAUGUCUACAAUCCAAUGUUUGUUUUUUCUUCAGUUGUUUCAAUAAUACUUUUCAGGGUAGUUAAUGGUGAAAUUAUAUAUUACCAGCAAGUCAAUUUAGCUUUAAUUAACUUUAAACUUUUGAGUCGUUUCAAAUGCUGUAAUAAUAUUGACAGAAACAUAGACAACAAUCCUUGUCGCGCCUAA